UCCUAACCUGAACAUUUCUGGAGACCCAGAGAUGUGAAGGACUGCCGGGAUUAUGCUCUCCCAGAGUCUCUCUGGAGUGCAGAUCCCUUGGCUGUGUGGCCACAUCCCCCCUUCCUCUAAGGCCUUCCCCGACCAUAUAAGGAGAGGCAGCUGCUGGGGGCGUCCCCAGUAUCUAAAGAUAGCGGUCUCUGCUUCGGACUCCAAACGCCACCGGGUAGCAGGAGCCGCCAUGGCAAGGCAGCAUGCCAGGACGCUGUGGUAUGACAGGCCCAAAUAUGUGUUCAUGGAGUUUUGUGUUGAGGAUAGCACCGAUGUCCACGUGCUCAUCGAAGACCACCGCAUUGUGUUCAGCUGCAAGAAUGCGGAUGGAGUGGAGUUGUACAAUGAGAUUGAGUUCUAUGCUAAGGUGAACUCCAAGGACUCCCAGGAUAAACGCUCCGGUCGUUCCAUUACUUGUUUUGUGAGGAAAUGGAAGGAGAAGGUGGCCUGGCCUCGACUCACCAAAGAGGAUAUCAAACCGGUGUGGUUGUCUGUGGACUUUGAUAACUGGAGAGACUGGGAGGGGGAUGAAGAGGUGGAGCUGGCUCAGGUGGAACACUAUGCAGAGCUUUUGAAGAAGGUCAGCAUCAAGAGACCUCCCCCUGGCAUGGAUGACCUGGAUGAUGAUUCUGACAGUGCUGAUGCAACAAGCACUUGAGUAUGGCUCCAUCAGAUGGCAGGAUAGGAGAGUAGACUGGUGGGGCUCCUGACUUCCUACCAAUUGGCUGUAAUCUUUGUGCUUGGGCCACUCAUCAGGGCUCUCUUGAGUAUUUGAGCAUGUGUGUGUAGUAGAGCAAAAGCCAAAGAAGCAGCGUAUAGAUUAUAAUAAAUCUGUAAGAACAA